CUCUUCUCCAGCUGAGCAGUGAAUUCUGUGGUGUCUUGAAAGCACGGACAGAUCAUGAUGGCUGUCUCGGGAGAGCAUGCUCUGGCUGGAGAAAAAAUGCUCAGGAUGCCCAGCUGCCUCCUAAAGCUGACCAGGAUGGUGCUCAGCCACAAACCCUGUGCCCUGUUUAUCCUCAUCAUUGGGUUUGUAUCCUUUGCCUACAUCAAGUUGUACUGGGGCAUCUGGGAGGACCCAAAGAGCAGAGCCCCCACCUACGGCUUGUCUGCUGAGAUCAGCUGUGCUCACUAUGUGCCUUCUGCCCUCGACAUUGCUGGUGGGCCCUCUCCUCCCACAGGAAAUGUGUUUUUUGUGGAGACCUCAGAGCAAACUUCCCCAAGUUACCUGUUCUCGUGCUCUGUGGAGUCAGCGGCCAGGACACACCCUGCAUCAAGAGUUGUGGUGCUCAUGAAAGGUUUGGCCAAAGGGAACGCCUCCUUACCCAAGCACUGGGCUUUCUCCUUGCUGAGCUGCUUCCCCAACGUGGAAAUCCGGCCCCUAGACUUGACAGAGCUCUUUUCUGGAACGCCUCUGGCACAGUGGUUCUUGCAGCCUCAGCGGCAACAGGAGCCUCAUUUUUUACAUGUCCUCUCUGACGCCUGCAGAAUCGUCCUCAUGUGGAAAUUUGGUGGCAUCUACCUGGAUACAGACUUCAUUGUGCUUAAGAACUUAGAGAACCUCACCAAUGCCCUUGGGAUUCAGGAUGACAAUGAACUGAAUGGGGCAUUUCUGUCCUUUAAGGCCAAGCACCAGUUCAUGGAGCUGUGCAUGCAGGACUUUGUGCAGAAUUACAAUGGCUGGGUCUGGGGGCACCAGGGCCCAGAGCUUCUAACUCGUGUCUUCAAGAAGUGGUGCUCCCUCGGGACUAUCAAGAGCAUGAGCUGCAAAGGUGUGAGUGCUCUUGCCCAAGAAGUUGUUUAUCCUAUUCCCUGGCAGGACUGGAAGAAGUUGUUUGAGGCAGUCAGUGCCUUGGAGCUUCAGAAACUCCUUAAGAACACCUAUGCAGUGCACAUAUGGAACAAACUGAGCCACGGGACCAAGUUGGAGAUCCCCUCCCAGGCUCUGCUGGCUCAGCUCUAUUCCCAGUUCUGCCCUGCCACCUAUGCAAAGAUGAAACAGGACUCGGAAGAGUUGUCCAGUCAUGCAGUGUGACCUGGGGGACCUUGGCUGCAGAGAUGUUCCCCAGGCUGAAGGAAACCGAGUGCCUUAGACCUACCCCAGAGUUGGUUUUUAGUCCCCAGAGCAGGUGUUCUUUGUGACAGCUCUGUGGUUUUGUGCCUGAUAGUCCCUCCAGGCCCUUCACCAUCUCCAAAAUCCUACUUUGGACACUCUCUAACAGCUUUAGAUCUUUCUUAUAUUGUGGCACCCAAAACACAAUAUUCACAGUGAGGCCAUCCCAGCCCAGAGCAGAGUGGGACAAUCCCCUCCCUGCCCUGUCUGGCCAUGCUGGGCCUGUUGCCCCAGCACAGGGCUGUCCCUCCUGGCUUCCAGGGCACUGCUGCCCCAUGUCCAACUGGCCAUCAACCAAGACCCCCAGGUCCCUGUCCACAACACUGCUCUCCAGCUUCUCAUUCCCAGUCUGUCUGUACAUCCAUGGCUGUCCUGUUCCAUGUGCAGAAUCCAGCCUUUGCCUUUGUUAACUUCACGCAGUUGGUAAUUGCCCAGCCCUGUCAUUUAUCCAGGGCUCUCUGCAGGGUCUCUUCGCCCUUGAGGGAGUCAACAGCUCCUCCCAGUUUUGUAUCAUCUGCAAGCUUACUUAGUAUCCCUUCCUGUCCUGCAUCCAAGGUUUUUAUGAGGAUUUUUAAGAGCGCAGGGCCUAAGAGGGGCCCUGUGGAACCCCACAAGUGAUAGGCUUCCAGUCUGCUGUCACCCAGGUACUGUCAUUCGUUGUGCUUGACCCGUGAGCAAGUUGCUCAGCCAUCACACAGUGUGUUUAUCCAGCUGUGUGCUGCACACUGAGAUAGAUGAUAUCCAAAGCUUUACUGAAAUCCAAAAAGAUUACAUCUACUGAUGUUUUUUGAUCAACUGGGUGGGUUACCCUAGCAUAAAAGGAAAUUAUUUUUGAAAAGCGGGACUUUCCUCUCAUGAAGAUGUGCUGGCUGCGACCAAUGACUGUGUUGUCCUUCAGGUGUUUUUCAAUACAUCCCAGAAUAAUCAUAAUAAUCUCCAUAAUUUUACCAGGGACUGGAGUGAGACUGACAGGCCUGUAGCUUCCAGGGUCAUCCUUCUUGCCCUCUUUGAAAACUGGCAUCUCUACAGAUUCUCAAGACUGUUGGAAAAUUAUCAAGUGAUGCCUCGCAAUGAUAGCAGCCAGCUCUUUAUGGAUUCUCAGAUUAAUCCCGUCACACCCCAUAGACCUAUAGGGAUCCAGCUGGAGCAGCAGAUCCCUCACAACUUCAGGGUUAACUCAGAGUUUAUCAUUCUCAUCCGCAGUCACAGUCCUCUAGCUCAGGGUGCUGGGACCUCUCUAGUCCAUCAUCAGUGCUGAAGACAGAGGCAAAGAAAGCAUUAAACAUCUCUGCCUUGUCCAUGGCCCUGUUUGUGAGGUGAUCAUCCUCAUCCUGUAAUGGGCUGAUGUAAUUUCAGCACUGCCUUUUGCCAUUAAUGUAUUUUUAAAACCAUCCUUUUAUUGUCCCAAACAUUUCUGGUGGCUUCAAUUGCAAUGGAGCUUUGGCCACACAAAUUCUCCCCCUACAGUGGUGAGCAGCAUCUCUGUAUUCCUUCCACAUCACCUGUCCUUGCUUCCACUGGGCAUACACCUUCCUUUUUUACCUUAUCUCCAUAAGAAGAUUCCUGUUCAGCCAAGGUGGCCUUCUGCCUCAUCUGCUUGAUUUCCGAUUUUUAGGAAUUGCCUGUUCCUCUGUCCUCAGGAAUUGGUGCUUAAAAACUGACCAGCACUGAUGGACCCCAGGACCUUUAAAACCAUUUUUCCAGGUGUGUUGGUUCUCAAAUCAAAUCUCAAAUCUCAAAAUCUCAAAUUUUGAGGAAAAAAAAAAUCUCAAUUUUUUUUCUCAAAAUCUCAAAUUCAAGACCUCAAAAAUCUCAAAUUGACGAACCAAAACCACUACACCAGGGGACUUUACUUAUUGGUUCCCUGAGCAGCCUGAAGUCGCUCUUCCCAUGUCCAGGGUUGAAGUUUUGUUGGCACUUUUCCUCCUGUCACCAAAGAUUUUAAACUGUAUCACUUCAUGUUCACUGUGGCCAAGACAGCCAUCAAUCUCCACUCAAGAGGAUCACAAGAUCCACUCUGUUGACAGGCAAAAAAUUAAGGAGGGAGGGCAUCUUUCUGAGUCAGCUCUCUUAGUACCUGUAGCAUGAAGUUGUCAUCCAGGUGUUUCAGGAAUACAUAGGGAGUAUAUGAAAAUUGUGUUAAAGAAACAGAAAAUAUUUUAAGGCCUGCUGUGGAUCUGAUGACCAUCUCCCCACCUAAAUGUGUUCCCUGUGUGUUCAGGUUAUUAUAUUGUAAUAAUGCAUUUGAAAUAAACCUCUUAUGAAAUGAGAAGAGACUAAAAAAUCCUGGAUUUCUGCCUGUGCCAAAUCAAAGCUUCUGUCUGGAAGGUAAAGUGUAAGCAAUGUGUGAUUAUUGCUCUUUUAGAUAUGCAGUGGCUAAUAAAUAUGAGAAAUAUGUAUAUCAAUUUUAAUAGAAUUUUUUCCUAAAUGCCAUUAUUUGCUGAAAAGUACAGAAGGGAAGACUGAUGUAAUUUAGAUGUAAAUUUAAUGUGAGCAGGAGUAUGUUUCAUGAUUUCUCAGACAGUGUUACAGCACACUACUGAUUAAACACUCCAUUGCAGACCAAA